AUGUGUGAUACAGUCGAAAAGAAGAAAAAUACGCCUUACAGCGGGCCAGAUGCACCUAGGCCAUAUGUAUGCCCCAUUUGCUCGAGGGCGUUUCAUCGGUUAGAACACCAAACGCGACAUAUACGCACGCAUACUGGGGAAAAACCCCAUGGGUGUGAUUUUAUUGGGUGUGGAAAGAAGUUUAGUAGACGUGAUGAGUUGGCUAGACAUAGGAGGAUACAUGCAAGUGACCGACCCAAGGGUAAGCGAGGACGCAAGAAGAAGGUUGAUUUAGAUUUCCGAGUGCGGGAGCAGCAGCAACAACAAGAACAGGAACAAGAACAUCGACAAUGGCAGAUGUCUGCCUUGUAUGUGGAUGAUGUAAUGCCUACAACACAGACGACGUUAUUCCACAUUGGCGAUGAAGAGGACAUGCCUCAUGUUGUGAAAAGCAUAAGGCAGGGAGCAGUGACAGGGCCAGCUGAUGGCGUCAGUGACAAAAAUCACCAAGUGAUUGCAAGGGGUACCGAUGGUGACGUGCAGCUAAGCGUUGCGGGAGUUGGUUCAGGAAACAGCCGCAGCUUGAGCCCCAUACUGCACGGGCACCUGCCGCAUCACUUGCUACCACCGUCAAAUAUGCCACUCGGUCAAUCCAAGUCUACUACAUCCAUCCCACAAUUGCGUAUGACGGGCAGCGGGACUGCAACGAGAGCGAAACUUACCGCGCUAUCCACGUUGCAGCGGAUGACUCCUCUGAAUGCCCAACACCACGGCCCGAAGCGGAACACAUCAAGCAGCAGCGUCGGGGACGUUGCUGCUGCUGCUGUCGCCGCCAUUCCAGUGCCUGGUGCUUACUUAGAUGGUGCUCCUCCACUCACCGCUGACUCAGUGGUGCUUCCCAGACCCAGAUCGCUUACACAACUGCAUGUGAUUCCCAAACAAAACUCCUUCAUCUCGUUCAGCCAAUCAACAUCCAGCUACUCCAAUCCAAUUACAAGAAGCACGUCUUACACUAGCUUGAACUCCCUGCCUUCAACUCUCACCCACGACACCUUUGCCGUCUCAGAUCGCGAAGACGCCGUAGCCUUCGCAGACCAAGAAGAAUAUAACCGCGUUAGAAAGAAGUCCAGAACAGGAACCCCCUCCAGGCGCAAUAGCUGUAACUCCUCUAUCCCAGAGAUCUACUCCUACCUUUCUACAGGCUCUAUCGCCGAUUUCUCUACCGAACUACAACGAAAGCUACGUCUUCAUGCGGAAUCUACCUCAGGCCUGGACAUGACCACCAGCCCCUCCAACAAAUACAUCGACUCAUCUAACCAUCACCAUCACCACCACCACCACCACCACCACCAUCACAAUAUCCCGCCCCACAGCUGUAAGAGCACUCCCCAAAGCCCUUCCACCCGUGACUCACCACCUCACGAAAGCCACCCGGCCCAAGAAGCCCCAGACUCCAUAAUUCUGCCACCAAUCAGAAGUCUCCCCUUACCCUUCCCUGAUUCCACCGCCAUCCCAUCCUCCUCACCGAAUAUCUAG